AUUGGUUCGGCGCACUCUAGAAACACUGCUACGGUGAAGAAACUAGACCCCAGGGCCGGGAGCGAAUUCCAGCCUGCAGGGCUGAUAAGCGAGGCAUUAGUGAGAGUGAAAGAGACUUUACCCCGCCGUGGUGGGUGGAGGGCGCGCAGUGGAGCAGCAGCACAGGCGCGGGUCCCGGGAGGCCGGCUCUGCUCGCGCCGAGAUGUGGAAUCUCCUUCACGAAACCGACUCGGCUGUGGCCACCGCGCGCCGCCCGCGCUGGCUGUGCGCCGGGGCACUGGUGCUGGCGGGUGGCUUCUUUCUCCUCGGCUUCCUCUUCGUGAAAGUAGGCAAGAGAAAUUAAAAUUCAGAAAUAUCUCACCUAAUGUCAGAGGGUGGGUUAUAAAAUCAUCCAAUGAAGCUACUAACAUUACUCCAAAGCAUAAUAUGAAAGCGUUUUUGGAUGAAUUGAAAGCUGAGAACAUCAAGAAGUUCUUAUAUAAUUUUACACAGAUACCACAUUUAGCAGGAACAGAACAAAACUUUCAGCUUGCAAAGCAAAUUCAAUCCCAGUGGAAAGAAUUUGGCCUGGAUUCUGUUGAGCUAGCUCAUUAUGAUGUCCUGUUGUCCUACCCAAAUAAGACUCAUCCCAACUACAUCUCAAUAAUUAAUGAAGAUGGAAAUGAGAUUUUCAACACAUCAUUAUUUGAACCACCUCCUCCGGGAUAUGAAAAUGUUUCGGAUAUUGUACCACCUUUCAGUGCUUUCUCUCCUCAAGGAAUGCCAGAGGGUGAUCUAGUGUAUGUUAACUAUGCACGAACUGAAGACUUCUUUAAAUUGGAACGGGACAUGAAAAUCAAUUGCUCUGGGAAAAUUGUAAUUGCCAGAUAUGGGAAAGUUUUCAGAGGAAAUAAGGUUAAAAAUGCCCAGCUGGCAGGGGCCAAAGGAGUCAUUCUCUACUCGGACCCUGCUGACUACUUUGCUCCUGGGGUGAAGUCCUAUCCAGAUGGUUGGAAUCUUCCUGGAGGUGGUGUCCAGCGUGGAAAUAUCCUAAAUCUGAAUGGUGCAGGAGACCCUCUCACACCAGGUUACCCAGCAAAUGAAUAUGCUUAUAGGCGUGGAAUUGCAGAGGCUGUGGGUCUUCCAAGUAUUCCUGUUCAUCCAAUUGGAUACUAUGAUGCACAGAAGCUCCUAGAAAAAAUGGGUGGCUCAGCACCACCAGAUAGCAGCUGGAGAGGAAGUCUCAAAGUGCCCUACAAUGUUGGACCUGGCUUUACUGGAAACUUUUCUACACAAAGAGUCAAGAUGCACAUCCACUCUACCAGUGAAGUGACGAGAAUUUACAAUGUGAUAGGUACUCUCAGAGGAGCAGUGGAACCAGACAGAUAUGUCAUUCUGGGAGGUCACCGGGACUCAUGGGUGUUUGGUGGUAUUGACCCUCAGAGUGGAGCAGCUGUGGUUCAUGAAAUUGUGAGGAGCUUUGGAACACUGAAAAGGGAAGGGUGGAGACCUAGAAGAACAAUUUUGUUUGCAAGCUGGGAUGCAGAAGAAUUUGGUCUUCUUGGUUCUACUGAGUGGGCAGAGGAGAAUUCAAGACUCCUUCAAGAGCGUGGCGUGGCUUAUAUUAAUGCUGACUCGUCUAUAGAAGGAAACUACACUCUGAGAGUUGAUUGUACACCACUGAUGUACAGCUUGGUAUACAACCUAACAAAAGAGCUGAAAAGCCCUGAUGAAGGCUUUGAAGGUAAAUCUCUUUAUGAAAGUUGGAUUAAAAAAAGUCCUUCCUCAGAGUUCAGUGGCAUGCCCAGGAUAAGCAAAUUGGGAUCUGGAAAUGAUUUUGAGGUGUUCUUCCAACGACUUGGAAUUGCUUCAGGCAGAGCACGGUAUACUAAAAAUUGGGAAACAAACAAAUUCAGCGGCUAUCCACUGUAUCACAGUGUCUAUGAAACAUAUGAGUUGGUGGAAAAGUUUUAUGAUCCGAUGUUUAAAUAUCACCUCACUGUGGCCCAGGUUCGAGGAGGGAUGGUGUUUGCGCUAGCCAAUUCCAUAGUGCUCCCUUUUGAUUGUCAAGAUUAUGCUGUAGUUUUAAGAAAAUAUGCUGACAAAAUCUACAAUAUUUCUAUGAAACAUCCACAGGAAAUGAAGACAUACAAUGUAUCAUUUGAUUCACUUUUUUCUGCAGUAAAGAAUUUUACAGAAAUUGCUUCCAAGUUCAGUGAGAGACUCCAGGACUUUGACAAAAGCAACCCAAUAUUAUUAAGAAUGAUGAAUGAUCAACUCAUGUUUCUGGAAAGAGCAUUUAUUGAUCCAUUAGGGUUACCAGACAGGCCUUUUUAUAGGCAUAUCAUCUAUGCUCCAAGCAGCCACAACAAGUAUGCAGGGGAGUCAUUCCCAGGAAUUUAUGAUGCUCUGUUUGAUAUUGAAAGCAAAGUGGACCCUUCCAAGGCCUGGGGAGAAGUGAAGAGACAGAUUUCUGUUGCAGCCUUCACAGUGCAGGCAGCUGCAGAGACUUUGAGUGAAGUAGCCUAAGAGGAUUCUUUAGAGAAUCCGUAUUGAAUUUGUGUGGUAUGUCACUCAGAAAGAAUCAUAAUAGGUAUAUUGAUAAAUUUUAAAAUUGGUAUAUUUGAAAUAAAGCUGAAUAUUAUAUAUA